CCCCGCUGCGCCAGCCGUGAUCCCCGGCAGCCUGCUCAGCAAUGAGGGUCCUGAGCGCGCGCUGUCGGCUACUGCUGGUAUGCCUAGCCCUGGUGCUGCCAGCCUCGGAGACAAACUUUUUGUCAAAAGAACAUGCCUCGCAAGUCCUGGUGAGGAAGCGCCGCGCAAAUACCUUGCUUGAAGAAACUAAAAAGGGCAAUCUUGAAAGAGAAUGCAUCGAAGAGCUCUGCAAUAAAGAGGAAGCCAGGGAGGUCUUUGAAAACAAUCCCGAAACGGAUUAUUUUUAUCCAAAAUAUUUGGGUUGUCUGGGCAUGUUCCGUGCUGGCCUGUUCAGUGCUGCGCGGCAGUCUGUUAAUGCUUACCCCGACCUCAGGAGCUGUGUCAAUGCCAUCCCAGACCAAUGUGAUCCUAUGCCAUGCAAUGAAGAUGGGUAUCUGAGCUGCAAAGAUGGCCAAGCUGCUUUCACAUGCAUCUGCAAACCAGGAUGGCAAGGGGACAAAUGCCAGUUUGAUGUAAAUGAAUGUAAAGAUCCCUUAAAUGUAAAUGGGGGCUGCAGCCAGAUUUGUGACAACACUCCUGGAAGUUACCACUGCUCCUGCAGAAGUGGCUUUGCUAUGCUUUCAAACAAAAAAGACUGCAAAGAUGUGGAUGAAUGCUCUAUGAAGCCCAGUGUUUGUGGCUCAGCUGUGUGCAAGAACACUCCAGGAGACUAUGAGUGUGAAUGUCCUGACGGCUACAGAUAUGAUCCCUCAUCGAAGUCUUGCAAAGAUGUGGACGAAUGCUCUGAGAACAUGUGUGCUCAAUUGUGUGUCAAUUACCCUGGAGGCUACUCUUGUUACUGUGAUGGAAAGAAAGGAUUCAAGCUUGCCCAAGAUCAGAAGAGUUGUGAGGGUAUUCCAGUGUGCCUUCCCUUGAACCUUGACAAAAAUUAUGAAUUAUUGUACUUGGCUGAGCAGUUUGUAGGAGUUGUCUUAUAUCUGAAAUUUCGUUUGCCAGAAAUUACCAGAUUUUCAGCUGAAUUUGAUUUUCGGACAUAUGAUUCAGAGGGCAUCAUCCUGUAUGCAGAAUCUCUUGAUCACUCAAAUUGGCUCCUGAUUGCACUUCGUGAUGGAAAAAUUGAAGUUCAGUUUAAGAAUGAGUUUUCAACCCAAAUCACAACCGGAGGCAAUGUUAUUAACAAUGGUAAAUGGAACAUGGUAUCCGUGGAAGAAUUAGACGACAGUGUUAGCAUUAAAAUAGCUAAAGAAGCUGUGAUGAAUAUAAAUAAAUUUGGGAGCCUCUUUAAACCUACAGAUGGAUUUCUGGACACCAAAAUAUACUUUGCAGGAUUACCUCGGGUAGUGGAAAGUGCACUCAUUAAACCGAUUAACCCUCGUCUGGAUGGAUGUAUACGAGGCUGGAACUUGAUGAAACAAGGAGCUUUAGGUGCAAAGGAAAUUAUUCAAGGAAAACAAAAUAAGCAUUGCUUCCUCAUGGUGGAGAAGGGCUCCUACUACCCUGGUUCUGGAAUUGCUCGGUUCAGCAUAGAUUACAAUAAUGUAACCAAUGCAGAGGGCUGGCAAAUAAAUGUGACCUUGAAUAUUCGUCCAUCCACUGGCACUGGAAUUAUGCUUGCCUUGGUUUCUGGAGACAAAGUGCCCUUUGCCUUGUCCUUGGUGGGCUCCAGCUCUGAAAAUUCUCAGGAUAUUGUGGUAUUUGUUGAAAAUUCAGUGGUGGCUCGAAUGGAGGCCAUAACUCUGUGUUCUGACCAGCAAUCCCAACUGAAAUGUAAUGUUAACAGACAUGGCCUAGAGCUAUGGAGCCCACUGAAGAAAGAUGUCAUCUACUCUAAAGAUAUUCAAGGACAACUAGCAGUCUUGGACAAAGCAAUGAAAGGAAACGUGGCCACUUAUCUGGGUGGCAUUCCAGAUCUUUCCUUCAGUGCCACGCCAGUGAAUGCCUUCUACAGUGGCUGCAUGGAAGUGAACAUCAACGGGGUGCAGUUGGAUCUGGAUGAAGCCAUUUCUAAACAUAAUGACAUCAGAGCUCACUCAUGUCCUUCAGUUAAGAAAAUCCAGAAGAACGUCUAAUGUCUGUUUUCUGUGCUUAUAAUGCCCCUUUCCUUGUAAUUAUGCUCACGCCCCUAUCACCAGCUGGCAGGUGUCACCUGUGAAGUGCAAUGUUUGAAAUGAUGUGGUACUUUGUCCUUCAGAUUUUUGUUAUAUAAACCACGUUUUUUUUUUUUUUUAAAGUCUUUCUUCUAUUGCAGUCUAGAAAUUAAAUAAGGAAACACAGGAAAAUUUUAAAUUUCAAUCUACUUGCUAUAAAUGACACUGCUUUAGUUUGUUAUUUUAAAAGUAAGAUUUCACCAUCAUUGAAUUUAAAUACCUUUUUUUCCUUGUCAGAAAGCAAGUCAGUUAAACCCAAACAAAAGCUUCUGUGAUUAAAUGCUAACAGUUGCAGAUAGACACUGUAUUUUUGUUGCUGCUCCGUGCCCUACCACGACAUAAGCAGCAGAUCUGCUAGCAUUCUGAAUGUGAAUAGAAAGUCUGGAAGCUUUAUUCCAAAGUAGUUCCCUGGAGUGGGGAGGGGCUAGCUCAGGCUCCAACUUUCUUUUACCUAGCUUUACACUUGGGCCAACGCCUUCCGUGAAUUAGAGAACAAGGGCAGGUUGUCCUGGGAGCAGCAACACUUGAAGGUUGCCUCGAAGGCAUUGAUUUCUAUGGGAGACACCAGGUUAAAACGUAAGGGGUGUGAACACUGGGUGGACAUGUUUCCCAAAUUGGCCACACAGGGUCUGAAUUGGAAAGGCAGCAGCCCGUAGCAGUGGGGAGGAGAGUGAACAUGUGGAGAAAUGCAUAUUUUCCUUCAUUUCCCUGGGUUUGCAUUACUGUAGCUGGCUUGAAUGUGAUUGUUGAAGUUAAAGCGCGAUGAGGAGUAGAUUUUUUAACAAAAGGAUGAUGAUAAGAGGGAUGCUGGAAAUGGUUGUGCUGUAACAUUGUAAUGAAGGAAGUAUGGAGUAAGGUUGUCAAGUAUUUGCUGGCAUUGCGCCGCAGGUGGCAGUGUUGUCCCUGAAUCCAUCAUUUCAGGUGUGUAUCAGACAUCUUGUUGCUGUCUGAGAUAGUAAAAUUUUAUUUUACUGUAGAUAUUUUACAUCACAUGAAAAAUAAUAAAAGUGAUACGUAUUUUUAAAGUA